AUGUUCCCACGAAGUCCACGCACCAACCUUAGCGUAGACGAAGUCACCCACGCAUUGAACGACAUGGGAAAGCCAACACCACCGUUAUCUCAAUACGACCGCGACAUGGAAACGAUUCCUGGUAAUUUGCCUACUACCAAGGCAGGGGCAGAUUCAAAGGUCCUCUUGACGAGGCUGUCACAAUUCCGCCACUCUUCUCCAUCAGCCCCUCUAGCGACUUCGGUGACAGAACAACGAGAUGGCAUACUCAGAGCAUGGGCAAUGUUGCUCCAUGUGUAUCUCGUGUCGGAGACAGUUGCGUUCGCCGUGAUUGGCAUGGGAAGUAAAAAGUUAGCAUGUUCGCACUGGCCAGUGUCCGUUGCUCAAGGUUCGACGUUCUACUCUGAUCCUCGACUGACAUUUGCGCCUUUCGAGGUUGAGAAGCAUCGCAAUCAAGUCAAUACCGCUGUCACUUUUGUUGACGUUGAUGUUGACGAUGGAAUAUUCAGCUAUAUUGUGCAAUCUUCUGAAAGGUUGAAUCGCGACCUACGCUUAUACACCCAGCACACAUGUGUGCCACGCAAGUUUGCGUCCGCAUUAUGGAACACUCUACUCGAGAUUCAUUUAGACUUGGUGGAUUCAGCUUCUUAUAAAUGGAACAAACAGUCAAUUAGUGACACAGACAAGACAGCACUACGAUCCUUCUUGCCUCAUGCAUCGUUUGAGCAACGGAUUUCUGUACACGACCUCUGGAGUGAAUCAGUCCGAACGGCCCCUCUCGCACCAGCGGUGGAGUCAUGGGAUGGUGCCUUGACUUACACAGAGCUAGACGGGCUCGCUUACAAACUUGCACAUCUUCUGCUGUCUAAAGGAGUGCAGCGGGGCGACUUCGUCCCCUUCUCAUUCGAAAAAAGCAUUUGGAUGGUGGUGGCUAUGCUGGGCAUCGUCAAAGCUGGAGCUGCCUUCGUAGCAAUUGACCCAUCGCAGCCAAAGGCACGAGCCGAAGAAAUUAUUGACCGAGUCCAGGCCAACAUCAUCUUGGUCUCACCAUCGCAGGCCCAGACAUUCGCUGACAUGGGUAAAGUAACCCUGACAGUUUGCGCGGGUAACCUGACAGGCGAAUAUUAUAAGGGCUCGCAUGGGCGAUCGCUUCCCCAUGUCAGGCCAGAAGACCCUGCAGUAUGCAUUUUUACCUCUGGCUCAACUGGGAAGCCCAAGGGAAUUAUUGUCCAGCAGCAAGCACUCGCCACUCGCUUACUGGCAGAGGGUGGAGCUCUUGGAUAUCGGGGGGCCAGGUGUUUGCAAUUUGCUGCAUCUACGUGGGAUAUCUUCAUCACUGACAUUUUCGCGACAUUGGCGUACCAGGGCUGCAUCUGCGUACCAAGUGAAGAGGACCGACUAUUCAAUCUCGCAGAGUUCUGUACCAAUUACAAAGUAACCCUGGCGAUCAUGACCCCUUCACUAGCAAAUAUGCUGACUCCUGCUUCCUUUCCCACGUUGAGGACUGUGAUAUUCUCAGGGGAGGCUCUGCGGGCUGAUGUGGUGGCACGGUGGUCGUCACAGAGCGGCGUUUCGCUCUACCAAGGCUAUGGACCCGCAGAAACAGGAGGUUGCAUUAUUGGACGCCUUGCUCAGCGUGCAGAGAUCCUUGGCCAUGGGCUGAAAAAUUAUACUUGCGUACUUGUGGACCCACGGAACCACGAUCGUUUGGUACCUGUGGGGGCUGUAGGUGAGCUCCUGGUUGCCGGGCCAGGCCUACUUCAGGAAUACAUCCACGACCUCCCCAAAACAAGUGCUACCAUUGUCGAACACCCCUCGUGGUGUUCAGACCUGCAAAUCGAAGAGACAAGAUUCUACAAGACUGGGGACCUGCUCCGUUAUAGUAUCGAUACGCUCGAUGGGAGCCUCGAAUUUGUGGGUCGUGCAGACGGUCAAGUGAAGUACCAUGGUCAACGUAUUGAAGUUGGAGAAAUCGAGCAUCAUCUCAGUCAAUUCCCCAAUGUGGCUUAUUGUAUGGUAGCUCUCCUCAAAGAAGGUUAUUUGAGAGGCCAUCUAGUAGCCGUGGUUCAGAUCGAUGGGCAUUCCGGUACUCAUCACUCGACUAUAAAGCUCGCGAUGCAUAAAGAUGUGGACCGCAUUAGAGAGGAAAUCAACAAGUUCCUGUUAUCACGUCUACCAAAAUACAUGAUUCCAAGCAAACUAUUUCUCGUCAGCAACAUGCCCUUUAACGCGUCGAUGAAACUAGAUAGGGCUGCCAUCACCAAAUGGAUCCUGGACAUGCGGGCUGAACAUACUACGGUGGCGAACCAAUCAUCGGCUGCCCCAGAUGCCACUCAACUGCUUCCCCAUGAAAGCACUGCGAGGGCGGUUGCCCAGCUGUAUGCCAGUGCUGUUGCAGGAGAGGAUGGCUCCCACCGUCGCCAAUUUGAAGAUCGAGACUUCAAGCUACAAUCGGGUGGCAUUGAUUCCGUCCAGAUUAUGUCGCUUUCAAUGUCUCUAAAAGAGAAAUUCGGUGUCCAGAUACCAAUGGACCAAAUGCUAAGCUCGAAGUCAACUAUACGCACAAUUGCUUCUAUUAUUGAUACUAGCGGAAGUCACCAACGACCGAAAGCUGGGACUCAGGAACAGAUCAGUACGGAAAGCAACAUAGACCUCAUGCUUAAGUCGGUAUUCCUUUCGUCCGAGAAGCUCGAUAAUAACUCGGACAUACAUCAUGUGUUCCUCACCGGGCCUUCUGGUUAUCUAGGGAUAGAGAUAUUACGCCAGCUUCUCACACAGUCUGCCUGCCAAAUAUACGCACUCGUUCGGGGCUCAUCAGAAAACGAUGCCCGUGAGUAUCUCAUACAGAAGGCUGUUGCCGCCACAUGGUGGAGAGGGGAAUACCUUUCCAGGCUUGAGAUUUGGCUAGGUGAUCUGUCGCGGCCCCAACUUGGUCUUGAUUUAGAUCGAUGGCGUAUGCUCCAGGGACUGGAUGGACAGGGGAUUGAUGCAAUCAUCCACAACGGCGCCAAAGUCCACUACCAUAUGGACUAUGACAGCUUGAGGCUACAAACGCCGCUGCACAGCUUUGUGUAUGUAUCUGGUGGGCAACAACUCAGCUUCAACGACGGUGACGACGCAACCAAUAUACAGAAGGCUCUCCAAGGUUCUGGAUACGCACGCUCAAAAGCCAUGUCAGAGCUUAUUGUAAAAAGGUUCGCCGAUCAUGCAGAGACAAAAGCCAAACAUGUUCGAGUUGUCAAGCCUGGAUUCAUCAUUGGCGAUGCUAAACGAGGUAUUGCCAGUAAGAAUGACUUCAUUUGGAGAUACAUCGCGGCCUCAAUUGAGAUGGGCGCCUACGAUAAAGAAAGUGCGAACGGAUGGCUGUUUUUGGCAGAUAUUUCCCGAGUAUCAGAAACUAUUCUUCACUGCGUGUUCGACCUUGAGUGCAAGCCAGUGGUUAAGGUCCUAGAUGGCGUUCAGUUUCACGAUAUCUGGCUGCUUCUACAGGAUGAAUUUGACUACAACAUACGGCCCGUGCUCCAGCAGGAGUGGCUUUCUAAGCUACGUCAAAGUGUUACCACUAAACAAGAGAAACAUGUACUGUUUCCACUUAUGCAUCUGUUCGAAACAGAUAGCCAACCCAUCGGCGUGUCUGACGGACCAAGCAGACCUUCCGAUGGUGUUAAAGAAGCUCUGCGAGCAAACAUCAAACAAUUGAUUGGGAGUGGGUUGUUUAUGUUGCCGGGCUUUCUUCCGACUCCCCCGUCCACCGACGAGGACAGUGCGGAUGACAGUAUAGCGCCAGUCCAAGAUACCUUCGAUGUGAAAAGCGUACGGAGACAAUUUCCAGCCCUGCACGAAGGCAUCAUAGCGUUCAACAAUGCAGCUGGGACUGCCGUGUAUCAGGGUGCCAUCGAGAGUACGAAUGAUUACAUGUCUUCAUUCCCCAUCGAGGUCGGACUUGAUGAUCCCCAAAGUCAGAGAAAAACAGAUCGUCUGAUGGAGAAGACCGCCGAAUUAGCGGCAUUCAUGAAUGCGGCGCCUGAUGAAGUGGCAUUUGGCCAAUCGACGACGAUGCUUCUCCGCAUCUUGGGCCAGGCACUACGACCCGCGCUGAACUCAGACUGCGAAAUGAUUGUCUCAAACCUAUGCCACGAAGCCAGUGCAGCCGCGUGGAUAUCUCUAGCCAAAGAUCUUGGUAUCGCCAUUAAAUGGUGGGCACCACCGGCGGGGGAGGACCCUUGCCUUUCGCUCGAAACGUUAAAGCCACUUUUGACACCAAAGACGCGAGUCGUCGCUUGCAAUCAUGUUUCCAAUGUUGUAGGGACCAUUCAUCCCAUCCGCAAAAUUGCGGAUAUGGUCCAUAGCGUUCCUGGAGCCAUCCUGAUUGUCGAUGGGGUUGCUUGGGCACCUCAUCGUCCGAUCGAUGUCAAAGCUCUCGACGUUGACUUCUACUGCUUCAGCUGGUAUAAGGUCUUUGGACCCCAUAUAGCACAGCUAUACGGCCGGCGAAGUGUUCAGAAACGUAUGCUGACUGGGAUCAGCCACUUUUUCCUUAGUGAUUUCCCCGGACUUGACUGGCGCCUGCGGCUUGGUGCUCCUGCCUUCGAGCUUGAAGCGGCUCUUGUAGCCAUUACAAGAUACCUUAGCCAUGUUGGCUGGGAGAAUAUUAUUGCACAAGAGACGGUUCUGCAAGAAGUGCUCCUAUCCUACCUUCGACGGCACCCAAGCAUAUUUCAUAUUUUUGGAGAGAAGUCAUCGAGUCCAGAGAAAAGGGUGCCGGUAAUCACAUUCCAAGUAAUAGGACAGUCCUCUCGAGAAAUAAUGAACCGGAUCAAUAGACAAACACAAUUCAGGAUCGUGUCAGGUCAUUGCUGGGCACCUCGGCCGACGCACGAUGUGUUGAAACUCGACGACAGCGGCCUAAUCAGGGUCAGUUUCGUGCAUUAUAACACUGUCGAGGAAUACUUGAUUGCUUUCAAUGUCACAUCUAUCAUCCCUCGUGACCGGGACACACUCAUAGAAGCUAAUGCCAAGCUUUUCGCUCCUAUUGAAACUAAGCCCGAAAACCCGGGCAUGGUUGUUAAAUGCUUUGCUACGAGAAAGUUUGACUAG